AUGGAGGGGACAAUGGUGACGGCGGGACAGGAGAAGCCACAGAAGCGGGUGAGGUUCCGCGUGGCUUCGGGGAACAGUGGCCGGGUGCUGAAGGAGAUGUUCAAAGAUGAGGGGCCUUCAGACUCCCUGGAUUCAGACUGCACCAGCAGCUCUGAUGCCGAACGAGCCAGCACCCCCUCUACAAGUGGAGAUGCACAUGGACACCUGUUUGGAUACCUGGGCUCCGAGCUGGAUGACAGUGAGAAUGAGCCCGACGACUUGCUCGUAUAUGCAGGGGCCACCAAGGACUGGAUGUUCACCACCAAAAGGGUCAACAUACUCAGCAAAAAUGGGACUGUGAGAGGUGUCAAGCACAAAGUCAGCGCAGGUCAGACGCUGUUUGAAAAUCUUCCUAAUUCCAACAGUAUGGAUUUAUCCCUGGAGUUUGGGCGGAUAGUGAUCUACACUACGAGUUUCCGUGUGGUUAGGACGACGUUCGAGCGCUGCGAGCUGGUUAGAAAGAUCUUUCAGAACCACAGAGUGAAGUUCAUGGAAAAGAACAUCGCGCUGGACAGUGAGUACGGGAAGGAACUGGAGGCGCGUUGCAAACGCGUGGGAGAACCUCCUUCGUUACCAGUCGUGUUCGUUGAUGGACACUACCUUGGGGGUGCCGAGAAGAUACUUGGCAUGAAUGAAUCAGGAGAGCUGCAAGAUCUUCUUACAAAAAUUGAGAGGGUGCAGCAUCCCCAGACGUGCCAGACCUGCGGGGGCUUCGCCUUCAUCCCGUGCCCGAUGUGCCAUGGUAGCAAGAUGUCUGUGUUUCGUAACUGCUUCACGGAUUCCUUCAAAGCCCUCAAGUGUACUUCGUGCAAUGAGAACGGCCUACAGCCGUGUGUGAGCUGCAGCCAGUGAGGGUGUUAAGUGCCUGAAAUGACAUCACUCCUUCCUACCUUGGGACCCUACAAAGGGACUGUACUAAUAUACAGGCAGUGAAAGUCCAUACAG